AUGGAGGAUCACCAAAGGGGAAAGCAAGGCAAAGAGGAGAAGGGAAGGGAAGAAGUGCGCUACCGUGGCGUUCGGCGGAGGCCGUGGGGGAAGUACGCGGCGGAGAUAAGAGAUCCAUCAAAGCAAGGGACAAGGGUGUGGUUAGGGACAUUUGAUACUGCUGAAGAAGCUGCUAGAGCUUAUGAUCGUGCAGCGUUUAACUUGAGGGGUCAUCUUGCAAUUCUCAAUUUUCCUAAUGAGUACUAUUCUCAAAUAAGGGGUUCUCCACCAUAUCCACCUCAUUUGGCAUCACCCUCUUCCUCUUCUCAUGCAAGUGGUAGCAGUUCUUCCUGUGCACAACAAAGGCAUGUUUUCGAGUUCGAGUGUUUGGACGAUAAGGUGUUGGAGGAUCUUCUUGAUCAGUCUGAGGAGCACAAGAAGAAAAGGAAGGGAGAUUGA